AUGGCAGUUAAAGAGGAUAACAUCCCCGUCUAUAGGGCUUCUAAGAUGUAUGGUGUGCCUCUUACCACGUUGCGUGAUCACGUAGGCAGCAGAGUGUCGGUUGAUACCAUGAAAAAUGGACCCGCGCCGCUGCUUAGUCUCAGCGAGGAACAGCUACUGGUCGAGCAUGUGAAAGGCCUAGCGCGUGUCGGGUAUGGGUACACUCGCGCCGAAAUCUGCACCAAGGCGUCCGACUUCGCUGUUUACCUUGGAAAACGGUUAAAGGAAGAGAAACCUCUCAGUCUCAAAUGGUUCUAUGGCUUCAUGGGCAGGUGGCCAGUACUCAAAGUUGUUAAGCCAUCCAAACUUUCUGAACAACGAGCAAGGUGUGCUUCUAAGGAGUUGAUCCUGAACUACUUUGAAGAGCUGAAAAAUAUCUUCGACAAGUACGAGUUGCACAACAAACCUCACCUUGUGUACAGCAUCGACGAAAAGGGCAUCAAUACCGAAUAUAGACCACCAAACAUUGUAGCUGGCUUAGACGCACGUCCUCAAGUGGUGAUGGCCGAACGAUCGAAAACGGUUACAGUGAUCGGCGGAGGAAAUGCCCUUGGUUCCCAGAUACCGCCAUUCUUUGUAUUUCCCGGUCAACGGAUGCUACCAGAGCUUAUGGUCGGAAAGAGUGAAGGGGCUGAAGGCAUGAUGACGCAAUCUGGUUGGUCAAACAGCGAAGUUUUUCUUCGCUAUAUGCAGACGCACUUCUUGAAAUAUGCCAUGGGACGUAACCAAGAAGAUACCACACUGGUGUUGUACGAUGGUCACAAGAGUCAUAUCUCCAUCGAACUCAUUGAAUGGGCAAAAGAGAACAGAAUAAAUGCCAUUGACGCGGUGACUAGUCUAUUCGAUGACAUAGCACCUUCAGAGCUGUAUGCAGCCACCUGCGAAAAGCUGGCUUCUGGUGCGGAUAACAUUAUCCAACACGAACCUGACAUCAACGACGGUGCAAAAUUCUUCAGUGACUUCCCCACUGAAGUUUCGAAGAAAGUGUCAAAAUCCCGCCGAAAUAUCCACAAGGUUGUUGGUGGCAAAGCAAUGACGAAAGAUAAAACGUUCGAUGCUGUGCGUCAAUACAUUGCCGAGUCCGCCACCCGCCCAUCGACCGCUGGCAAGGCAACGACUACAGACAGUCCAGUAGCAGGGCCAUCACGUGCAAUACAGACAUGUGAUGAUGACUUCAUGUCCGUAGAUGACGAUGUGACGGACGAUGAGAAAUGUUGCGUGUGCAAGAAGUACUACUACACUUCAAAAGAUGGACAGUCUCUUGCAAUUUACACAUGGGCGCAAUGUGAUGACUUGGUUGUCAGUGAUGUCUGA